AUGGCCACCACGCGCCACACCGUCCCCUUCGGCUCCGCCCUGAUCAACACGACGGUCACCAGCGACACCAACGCCGCCGACGAGUGGGUCCGUCGCGUGCGCGCCGCCAAUGACCCUGCCGGCCGCGGCCUCAUCGUCGGCCUCGACUGCGAGUGGAAGCCCAACUACAGCUCGUGGACGACCUCGAAGGUCGCCAUUCUCCAGCUCUGCGUCGGCACCAGCUGCCUCGUCCUGCAGAUGUUCUACGCCAACCGCGUGCCGGCGGCCAUCCGGAGCCUCCUCGGCGACCCCGCGGUGCGGUGCGUCGGCAUCGGCGUCGGCGAGGACGCCGCGAAGCUGGCCGACGACUACGGCCUCGUGUGCGCCGCGCCGGUGGACCUGGAGGGCCGCUGCAACGAGUACCUCGGCAUCGGCGGCCUGGGCAGGAGGAGGCUGGGGCUCAAGGGCUACGCCAGGGAGGUGCUGGGCAUGACCAUGGAGAAGCCGCGGCACGUCACCAUGAGCAACUGGGAGAGGCGCCAGCUUGAGGUCGCGCAGGUCCAGUACGCCUGCAUCGACGCCUACGUCUCCUACAAGCUGGGCGAGCGUCUCCUGGACAACUGACGUACGGCUGGAUACUAUUGCAGCUUGUCACUCGGAGCUACUAUUAAUUAUGUGGUGCUUAAUCGUAUUCGGUAACCUACCUUAAUCGUAUUCUGCAACUUCUGUUUUGGACUUUGCCAGUGUGGUGCUGCAAACUUGGAGUAAGCAUGUUCUAUUGUGUUGGUCGUUUACUUGUAUUCUCGACAGUUCAUGCAAUGUGGCCGGGCGGAUUGAGAUGUUUAA